AUGGCCGACGACGGCGAUCGUGUCAUUUGUCAUGCUUGCGGCGGAGUGUGGUUGCUAGAGACCGGAGAAGACGGACAUGAUAACAGCCUCAAAUGCCCACACUGCGAAUCAGAUUUCACUGAGAUUAUUGAAAUUCCCCCGGAAAGCCCUCAGCCCGAACACGAAGCCGAACCGCAUUCGCCGCCCGUGAAUCCGUGGGCGGAUCAUAACCCUUGGGCUCAAGAAGAAACAUUGCCUCCGCGGACAUCUGGCUGGACGGAGACCGGAGCCCCUGGGUACUCUCACCGUUCGUACCGGUCUCCCGAUGGUCGCUUCACGUUCAGCACGACUACGAUUGGCGGCAGUUACUCGUCGCGCAAUGAGGGCCAGCCAGAUCCGUUACCAACGGUGAUACAGAACCUCGGUGCUUUAUUUCAAGGCCUCGCGGGAACGUAUGAUCAUCACCAAACGCAGCGGAGCUCAGGGAUGCCCCCUCGCUUUCAUGCAGCGGGCAUGCGAGAGCCGGAUGUCAUGCAUGAUCCAUUCCAAGCUCAUCACGAACGUGCCAGACGCCACGAAGACUUGUUCUCUCGCGACCCUAAUGAUCCGCAGCAUAUGGAAUCCCCAGUGCCAAACUUGGGCGACUUUAUUGAAGCCCUUCGAGGAAAUACCAGAAAUGCCGAGGGCGCAGCAAAUCCUUUUUCAAUGCUCUCCGCUUUGAUGAACGUGGACCGCAAUGGCGAUGCUGUCUACUCUCAGGAAGAGCUCGAUCGGGUGAUAUCGCAAUUGAUCGACCAUACCCAGCAAGGCUCGGCUCCACCACCAGCCACAGACUCUGCCAUUCACUCGCUGCCCAAGAAGCGAAUGACUCGGGAGAUGAUGGGACCAGAUCGCACGGCGGAGUGCUCGAUUUGCAUGGAUCCCGUGGAAGUCGAUACCGAGGUGACUGUACUGCCGUGCACUCACUGGUUCCAUUUCGACUGCAUCAAAGCGUGGCUGAGCCAGCACAACACCUGUCCACACUGCCGACGGAGCAUCGAUGCGACUGGCGUCACAAGCCCCGGCGAAGGCAACAGCGAGAACCCGAUCAUUAUCCCAGACAGUCCCGAAGCCUCUUCACCCCCGAGACUACGUCGUCGCUCAUCUCCACUCACCUCACGAAGCACCCGUAGCGCUCGGUCGUCCAUGUCGAGAUCAAGUCGCACUUCGCCUACCCCGGAGAUGGGUGAGUCCGGCACGCGACGAGAAAGUCGUGGCGAAAGCUCCCGUGGGGGGAUUACGGGCUGGGUCUGGAGUCGAUUUGGUGGUGGCGGCAGCUGA